GUUCAUGGAUUCAAAAGGGACUUCAAGUUAAACGAGGAUGAGCCAUCAGGCAAGAUCGGCAGAGUCUGGCGUACAGUUGCUUGCCAGACUUGAAGGGAGACGAUCGCUGGAGAAUAUCGAGCCUCGUUUAUUUCCUGAGGAUGCUGGUCCAGCUAAAGGGGACGUGGUGGAGUUCCACGGUGCGGAGGGUACGGGCAAGACGGAGAUGCUGUACCACCUGCUGGCCCGCUGCAUCCUCCCCGCCGAGGGCGGGGGGCUGGAGGCGGAGGCGGUGCUGGUGGACACGGACUACCACUUUGACGUGCUACGGCUGGUGACGGUGCUGGAGCGGCGGCUGCCGGCCGGCCUGGGGGAGGAGGCAGUGCGGUCCAGCCUGGGCCGGCUCUACGUGGCCCACUGCUCCGGCUCCACCCAGCUGCUCCUCACCCUGCACUACCUGGAGGGUGUGUUCUGCAGCCGGCCCGCCAUCGCCACCCUCGUCCUGGACAGCGUCUCCGCAUUCUACUGGGUGGACCGGGCCUGCGGCGGGGAGAGCCUGGCCCGGCAGGAGGCCAACCUCAGGAAGUGCGCCAGGCUCCUGGAGAGGUUCCUGAGGUACUACGGCAUCGUGGUGUUCGCCACCACGCACGCCAUCAUGAGGAACUACACGUCCGAGGCAGAGGCCUCUUCCUCCUCCUCCUCCUUCUCCUCCUGUAGGCGUGGCCCACCUGCCCCGCCCACUGACCUCAGCAAAGCUUACCUGUGCAAGGCGUGGCACUCCAUCGUCACCCACAAGGUGUUCUUUACGAAAGGUGAGGUGGCCAAGGACAAAAAGCAGGUGUUCUCCGUCACGUCCUACUCAAGGACGAAGCGCACAACAACGUGCUCCUUCUGCGUCACAGACGCCAGAGUCCAGUUUCUGUAA